ACAGCGCAGUUCUGAUGUUAGCAGCUCUGAUCAGGAAGAAGUUGUUACACGUGAAAACACCGCAGCGGACGCUGCAAACAUCUCGGUCACAAGUUCAGCCAAGAUCUUCUUGACUGCUGUCCAUCUCUCCUGGGAAGACUGGCAGCGGAGUACAGGAGUGCGGGAGAGAAGUGUGUUUCUAAGUGCCAUUAUGCCAUGGCAUCUCUGGGCGCCUCCUUUGUGCAAAUCAAAUUCGAUGACAUCCUCUUCUACGAGAACUGCGGCGGCGGGAGUUUCGGGAGCGUCUAUCGCGCCCGCUGGCUCUCGCAGGACAAAGAGGUGGCGGUGAAAAAGCUUCUGAAGAUUGAAAAAGAGGCAGAGAUUUUAAGUGUUCUCAGUCAUCGAAACAUCAUCCAGUUUUAUGGAGCAGUUCUGGAAGCACCUAACUAUGGGAUUGUUACAGGCAUGCAUUAUCUGCACGCCGAGGCCCCGUUAACAGUCAUUCACAGAGACCUCAAGUCCCGAAAUGUUGUGUUGACAGCAGAUUCAGUACUCAAGAUCUGUGAUUUCGGGGCGUCUAAGUUUCAGUCUCACACCACCCACAUGUCUCUGGUGGGCACGUUUCCCUGGAUGGCCCCUGAAGUCAUCCAGAGCCUCCCAGUGUCUGAGACCUGCGACACAUACUCGUACGGAGUGGUCCUGUGGGAGAUGCUGACUCGUGAAGUUCCCUUCAAAGGUCUGGAGGGGCUGCAGGUGGCCUGGCUGGUGGUGGAGAAGAGUGAGAGGCUGACGCUUCCCAGUAGCUGCCCGGCCAGUUUCGCCUGUCUGAUGAGAAGCUGCUGGCUGACAGAACCGAAAGACAGGCCGCUGUUCAAACACAUCUUGUCCACGCUGGAGUCCAUGUGGAACGACAGUCACUUACCUGAUGAGUGCAACACUUUCCUGCACAAUAAAGCAGAGUGGAGAAAGGUCUGGGUGUUAGAUGCUAUAUUAAGACUGGACGUGGGCCAGAAUACAGGGACAAGAGGUUCCUGUCCCUCCCUACAGCUAAACAGAGAAACAGACAGAGCCACAGAAACAGCGAAAGAAGAGAAGAGACGUGAUGUGUCGAAAAGGGGAACUGAGGACAUAUGUGACAGGCCGCUGUUCAAACACAUCUUGUCCACGCUGGAGUCCAUGUGGAACGACAGUCACUUACCUGAUGAGUGCAACACUUUCCUGCACAAUAAAGCAGAGUGGAGGUGUGAGAUCGAGGCGACUCUAGAGCGUCUGAAGCGGCUGGAGAGAGAUCUGAGCACCAAAGAGCAAGAGCUGAAAGAAAGAGAGAGACGGCUAAAGAUGUGGGAGAGAAAGCUCAUCGAGCAGUCCAACACACCGCUUCUCCCAAACCUGGCCAUCCACUCCUGGACAGAAGAACAUGUGCAUUUCUGGAUGGAGCAGAUUUUUCAAGGUGAUGGAGAGCUGCAGCAGUACGCCGAAAUCUUCAAGCAGAAUCACAUCACAGGACAGAGACUGCUGCUGCUGUCCGAGACGGACAUGAGAGAUCUGGGUGUGACGUCUAAAGGACACAUCAUACAUCUCAAGACCGAAAUUGAGAAACUUACCCACGACUACCUGAACCUGUUCCACUUUCCGCCGUUGAUCAAGGAUGGUUUGGCCACGGAGGAAGCAGAGGAGGAGUGGACAAAGACUGUGAAUCUGGAGUUGGUGUUUGGAUAUCACUGGAAAGCAGGCACAGGCCAAACGGACUGCAAAUGGAAAAUGUACAUGGAGCUUGAUGGGGAUGAGGUGGCAAUCGCAUAUAUCAAAGACGUGACCUUUAAUGCCAACAGACCAGAUGUAGAUGUAUUAAAGAUGACCAAGCCUCCGUUUGUGAUGGAUAAGUGGAUCGUGGGGAUUUCUGGCACACAAACCGUUGACUGCACAGUAAACUAUGAGGGUAAUGUGAGAUCUCUUAAGUGCACGAGACACGAGCACAGACUGCAGUGGAGUCCAGACAGCGGGAGGGACGUGAUCAGACCUGUAGAGCUGCUCAUUGAGACGGCGCCAAGCAUCAGGGAAGGUCACAACAGAAGCAGGUCCAACUCAGGUGUUGAUCCCAGAUGGAUUUACAGUCUGAGAAUGAAGCAGUGGAGAGAGCAAGCUGCCCAGGAGUCCACAGGCAAGAUGACCCUCCCUCAGUUCCUCUCCGUCAUCGGGAACCAAUCAUCGUAUGCUGCCGCUGUCAGGAGAUCGCCCAAUCGCAGCCCUCUCACUCCAUGGACAGACUCCCGGAGUUCCUCUCCCACCCUUUCUGUCAAACUCUCCACUAUCCAUCUGGGGUCAAAGGGCAGCAGCCCAUCCAGCACGACAUCUGAGAGCACCUCAGAGCGAGAGCGGCCCCCUAGUGCUGGAGCUAAACACAACUACCACAGAAAAGCAUACUACGACCACACGUUUAAAACCAACGGAGGAGGAAGAGCAGAAGUGGAAGCCAGAAGGCCUAAUCAGAUGUCACAGAGAGGAUCCAGAGGCUUGCAACAUGCUGGACGGCCCCGAAACAACAACUCCUAUAUAACACCGUCUAACCACCAACGCCCAAUACCGGGGAUGUCCGUUGUCACUGAGGGGGUGAAGCAGAAAGGGGCGUCUUCCGUCAAACUCUCCACCAUCCAUCUGGGGUCAAAGGGCAGCAGCCCGUCCAGCACGACAUCUGAGAGCACCUUGGAGCGAGAGCGGCCCCCUAGUGCUGGAGCUAAACACAACUACCACAGAAAAGCAUACUACGACCACACGUUUAAAACCAACGGAGGAGGAAGAGCAGAAGUGGAAGCCAGAAGGCCUAAUCAGAUGUCACAGAGAGGAUCCAGAGGCUUGCAACAUGCUGGACGGCCCCGAAACAACAACUCCUAUAUAACACCGUCUAACCACCAACGCCCAAUACCGGGGAUGUCCGUUGUCACUGAGGGGGUGAAGCAGAAAGGGGCGUCUGAAGAGGCCCGGUCUGGUGAUGGGGACUGGAUUAAAGUAGAAAGAAAGAAACCUAAUAAACAGGAACAUAAGCACCAGGAAGUGAGGCAGGGCAGAGGCCGGCCGCGCAGAGGAGGGAGAGGCGGUGGGCGUGGCCGAAGUUGAGUGCUUAUAAAGCGUUACACCGUGUCCUAACUAGUCAAGAUUCCAGCGACAAACAAUGUGUCUGUCCACACCAGACGCGACGCGGCAGAAUCAAUCAAACAU